AACGGCAAGCUAGCAAGUCAGCAGGAGGAUGGCCGCGGCUUACCUCAGCCACCAGCAGAAAGUGCUGCGACUCUACAAGAAAUCGCUGCGCCAUCUCGAGUCGUGGUGCAUCUUUCGGGAUAAGUACCGCUUCUACGCAUGCUUGCUGCGUGCCCGCUUCGAUGCCAACAAAAGCGAGAAGGACAUGGUAAAGGCUACUAAAAUGCUGAAGGCUGGCGAGGAGGAGUUCUGGGACAGGCAGCAUCCGCAGCCCUACAUCUUCCCCGACUCGCCCGGCGGGACCUCCUACGAGCGCUACGAGUGCUACAAGCUGCCCGAGUGGGUCCUGGAGCACUGGCACCCGUCGGAGAAGGCCGCCUACCCCGAUUACUUCGCCAAGAGGGAGCAGUGGAAGAAGUUGAGGGCGCUCAGCUGGGAUAAAGAGGUGGCUCAGCUGCAGGCCGAGACUCCGGCCGACGGGCCCAAGUCGGAAGCCCUCCCCCCAGCCCGCAAGGAGGACGACCUGCCGCCUCUAUGGUGGCAGUAUGUCACCCGCCCCAGGGAACGGCCCACAUAAACGCCCCACCUGCUGUUAACUUGACAUCCAGAAGAACAAUUGACUUUGGGCGGCGGAGAAGACCACCUGCGCGACUUAUUACCUGUCUUCAAUACCCCUCAAUAAACAUGAGAAAUAAA